CAAGCAUAACCUACGGGGUGUUUCUUUGCAUCGACUGCUCGGGGUCACACCGGUCACUUGGAGUCCAUUUGAGUUUCAUUCGGUCUACAGAGCUGGAUUCUAACUGGUCUUGGUUUCAGCUGCGCUGCAUGCAGGUUGGAGGAAACGCUGCCGCAUCGUCCUUCUUCGACCAGCACGGGUGCGCCACCGGCGACACCAAGGCCAAGUACAACAGCCGCGCGGCCCAGCUCUACAGGGACAAGAUCAAGUCGCUGGCUUCCCAGGCCGCGCGGAAGCACGGCACUGACCUGUGGCUCGAUGGCUGCGUGACGCCGCCUUUGUCCCCUGUGCCGAAGGAGGACGACUUCUUUGCCUCUCACACUUUUCCUGAGGUGAGCGGCACCGGAUGGGCCUCCGCACACCCAGAACCGUCUUUAACACCCAGGAACGUGGAAGUCCCCCCAGCAAAUAAUGAAGGUGUACCGGAGCAAGGACCAAGUGUGGAAGGUCUUAAUGUACCAACCAAGGCAGCUCUAGAGGUGUCCUCGAUCAUGAAAAAGAAGCCAAGUCAAGCUAAGCGAGGCCUUGGGGCCAAAAAAGGAAGUUUGGGAGCCCAGAAACUGACGAGCACCUGCUUCACUGAAAUGGAGAAGCAAGCCCAAGCUGUAGAUAAACUGAAGGAACAGGAAGACCUGGCCAGGACGGCGCCGAAGGAAGAGUCGAUUGUCUCGUCCUUACGAUUGGCCUAUAAGGAUCUUGAGAUUCAGAUGAAGAGCGAUGAGAAGAAGACCGUGAGUGGGAAAACGAAGGCGGAGUCGGAGAGGCUCGGCAUGGGGUUUGGAAACUGCAGGAGUGGUAUUUCACAUUCAGCAACUUCAGAUAUGCAGACCAUUGAACAGGAAACACCAGUCAUGGCAAAGCCAAGGAAAAAGUACAGCGACGACAACGAUGAUUCAUAUUUUACUUCCAGCUCAAGGUUCUUCGACGAGCCGAUGGAGCUGCGGGGCAGUUCUUUUUCCAGCUGGGAUGACAGUUCAGAUUUCUAUUGGAAGAAGAAGAGCACCAAAGAGGCCGACACGAUUCUGAAAACCACGGGCUACUCAGACAGGCCUACGACUCGCCGCAAGCCCGACUAUGAGCCAGUUGGAAACACAGAUGAGGCCCAGAAGAAGUUUGGCAACGUCAAAGCCAUUUCCUCAGAUAUGUACUUUGGAAGACAAGACCACGCUGAUUUUGAAACCCGGGCGCGGCUGGAGAGGCUCUCGGGGAGCUCCUCCAUCAGCUCGGCCGACCUGUUUGACGAGCAGAGGAAGCAGGCUGCAGGAAACUACAACCUCUCGAGUGUGCUGCCCACGGCCCCCGACAUGGCGCAGCUGAAGGAGGGCGUGAGGUCCGUCGCCGGGAAGCUGUCCGUCUUCGCGAACGGAGUCAUGACCUCCAUCCAGGACCGCUAUGGUUCCUAAUCCUGAUGUCAUGUGCUUCCUGGAGAAAUUCCUCGUUAAGGGACCGAGGCCCGCAGACUGCAGCGCAGACGGCCCGUUCUGCUGCCUCGGCCCGCGGCCUAGACACGGCUGCCGUCACCUUCCCUUUGGUGUAGAAGCCUUCUUGUCAUUUCUGUUCUGUCACUUCCUGCACAUGCCCUCUUUGCCGUCCACGCAUAUCCUCGCUUUAUUUUCUUGGAAUCUUUAGUUCUGACAGCUGGGGGCCUGGAGACACGGCCCCUCCCACCCCCUGCGAACAGAGAGCCUUGUGUGGGGCUCUCAGCGUGUACGACCAUGGGCUAGGGACUCGGAAUCCGCCGGUGCCAGCUGGGCCUGGAGAAACGAAAUUCACAACAGACAUCUCAGUAAAAAUGGAGCAAAAAAUAAAAACAAAAGACCAAAGUGACUGGUGUCUAAUUGACAGAUUGCUUCAUUUAUAUUUGCACACAGGUGAUUUCAAAAUAAUGUUUAAAGUCACCUGUCCCCUUGUAAAUGGUUUAUUUUGUAUGAUCUGUAAAUUCAAAAAUAAUUUCAGUGAGUGCUUUUAACAAACCUAAGUUUCUGCGUUGCCAGGGAACUAAUCUCUUGACAAGGUGUGGCUGUUUGAAUCUAUGCGAAAUAUAAGAUGAGAACUCCCUAAGUGCAUUUAUAAAUCGAUAGAAUGUUCAGAAUUAAAAAUGAAUAAGGUAAGAUGAUACACUCACGGGAAACAUUUCAGUACGUGGGAAAAUAGUAGUAAUUGGGUAGUUUUGUUAAUAUUUUCUAUCUUAAUAUUUGUUUUUAAAAAAUUACAGAAUGUGUAUAAAUAAAUAAAAUAGCCUGGCUGUGUGUCCGACAGCAUCGGACGCAUUGUUCAGAACAGUGAACUGUAUUGGAAUGUGAUGAACCAGAGACACAGCCUCAGCUGAGUAGUUUGUGAAUCUUUCUUAAAGCUCCAGUGAUCAGACUCUGAAUAAACAGUUGCAGCAGGUGCGUUGCCGACUUUUUUUUA